AUGAUCAAGUUGGAGCAUUCUCUGGUGAGUGUGUCUCAAGAUACCGGUUUAAGUUCUGAUGUGAACACAACAGCGACGUCGGAUAUAUCUUCGUAUCCAAUGAUGGUGAAUUCGGCGGCUAAUGCGGCGAUGGUGGAUGAUACCAAGACGUCGUAUGAUGACCUUGAUGACUUGGGGAUCUUUUGGGACGACUGCUAA